AUGUCGACCACUUCGAUUUCCCGCGAGGAGGAGCGAAAGCCGCUGAUGGAGGAGUUUUACCGGCAGCGGCGGAUACUGCUGGGCUGCACAAUCCUUAUCGGUGUGGCAGCCGUCAUCUGGAUCGUGGCCAUUUCCACCGAUCACUGGUUCAUCGUAACAGGUGGCCAAGGAAUCUUCAUACCGGAAACGAGACGAUACUUCAAAACGUCACACUCGGGUCUGUGGAAGAUCUGCCGUUACGGUGUCAUACCCGCCGUGAUGGCACAGUCGAAUGCGACCCGCAACUUUACCACCCUCUCGUUCGUGAACGAAAACCGCAUCGCAACGAUGCGUGGGUCCCUCGCGAAGGAACCGUACAUCAGGGAGUUCCUGGCCGGUGACCUUAAAAUGGAAAAUCUAACCGAGGUCGACGAUAGCUUCCGGCGGCAUCUGUUCGCGUCCUGGAUCGUUAACGAUGCGGAUCGUUUCCGCGAGCUGAAGGAUCUGUUCCACGACAUCACCGGGAAGGUGCGGCAGCAGGAGAACGUGGCCGUGCAGAAGCUGAAAAACCCCCCGCUGAUGAUGCUCGAUCCGACCGAUCUGAACUCGGUGCGCGAAACGCUGAAGGAACCGGUGGCCGGCGUGCUGACCACGGUCACCAUCAACUCGACGGACAUUAACGUGCUGAUGCCGAGCACACUGUCCGAGGCGCUGUUCGACGACUGGGAGCACCGGCCGGGUGUGAUUUAUUUGCUUUGGAGCUUCGCCAAAGCGAUGAACAUACCGCCGUACAUCGUCAGCCCAAAUGGCACCAAGUACAUCAUCCGGCCACCGUUACCACCGAAGAAGGGGCGCAUUGGGAAUGGCUACGAGUAUACCCCGUUCAAAAAAUGUAAAUUGCACAACCUUUUCCCAAGCGAUGAUGAGAUUCUCCAGGAUCCCGCCAUUGACGACGAACUGCUUGAGAAAGAUGAAGCUUUCUACAAUCCAGAGUUCCAGACGGAAGACUACAGCCGAACCGAAGCAUCGUUUGCGUGCAUUACAGUGUUUGUAAUGGUGAUGGGGUUCAUCUUUUCGAUCUACACGUUCCUGAACCCGCGGUACAUGUUCAAACGGUUGGCCGGCGGUAUACACUUCAUAUCAGCCGCGACAAGCAUUGUCGUCAUUCAGGUGUUGGUCGCAUCCGUGGAGUACGAGAAGGAAAACAUAUCGUACACCUUCCCGAAAGGUGCCAAAUACAGCUACGGUUACGGAUUCUAUCUGGCAUGGUUCGUAUUUCUGUCCAACAUCUACGCCGGCCUGAUGUUCAUGUGGUACUCGAAGAAAAGGAAAGGCAAUAAGGCAGCGACGGAAGAAUUGGGUAUGGCCGACGAACCGAUCAACAUUGGGCGAUAA